AUAAUACCAGCGAAAGGACGUGCUUCUUUGACAUCCCCCCCUUUACCGACUCUCGCUCAAAGUUGUGCUAAUUCUUGCAGUAUCGCAAUCGAUCUGUCAACAUGUCCACUGACAAGAUCACCUUUUUGACCAAUUGGCAUGCUACGCCAUACCAUGCACCGCUAUUCCUAGCUCAGUCGAAGGGCUACUUCAAGGAGGAAGGAAUCAAGGUCGCUCUGCUUGAGCCCAAUGAUCCUAGCGAUGUUACCGAAAUCAUCGGCACCGGCAAAGUCGACCUGGGCUUCAAGGCUAUGAUCCAUACACUUGCGGCUAAAGCUCGUAAUUUCCCCGUUCUUUCGGUUGGCAGUCUUCUAGACGAGCCCUUCACUGGUGUCGUCUACUUGAAGUCCUCAGGUAUCACCCCGGACUUUCAGACCCUUAAGGGCAAGCGCAUCGGCUACGUCGGCGAGUUCGGUAAGAUCCAGAUUGACGAGCUGACCUCGCACUAUGGCAUGUCACCGUCGGACUACACUGCCGUGCGCUGCGGGAUGAAUGUCACUAAGGCUAUCAUCCAGGGUGAGAUUGACGCCGGUAUCGGACUGGAGAAUGUGCAGAUGGUUGAGCUCGAGGAAUGGCUCGCUUCCCAAGGCCGCCCGAAGACGGACGUUCAGAUGCUACGCAUCGACGAGCUCGCUGAGCUAGGCUGCUGCUGCUUCUGCUCCAUCCUGUAUAUCGGGAAUGAGGCUUUCAUCAAGCAGAACCCAGAUAAAGUCCAGGCGUUCCUGCGCGCCGUAAAGAAGGCCACAGACUUCGUCAUCGCUCAGCCCGAAGAGGCGUGGGCGGAGUACGUGGACUUCAAGCCCAUUAUGGGCACUGCUCUCAACAGAAAGAUCUUCGAGCGAAGCUACGCCUACUUCUCUAAGGACUUGAAGAACGUCAAUCGUGACUGGCAGAAGGUUACCGCGUACGGCAAGCGAUUGGGCGUACUUGAUGCUAGCUUCAAACCAAACUAUACUAAUGAGUUCUUGGACUGGACGCUUGGCACUGAUUCACAAGAUCCGACUGGCGAUCAGAAGAAAAUGGCUGAUCUGCAGAAGGAUGUCGCGGCUAAGGGCGGCUUCCAUAGACUCCAGGUAGGCGAGGUGACGGCUCAAACCUAAGAAGCCUCGUCUUCGUUGUGUUAAGACAUUGGGAGGGAUAGUUUCGGGACUGAUUUGAGGCUGCCUAAGAAUGAGCCUCCACUCGUUUUGCGGUACUUGUACCGAUUUCUGUAGUUCAUUCAGAUUAUCCCUCAAUUGGACUACAGUGGCAGACAAAUAACAAUACUAUAUCUGUCAAAUCAAUA